GUAUAACCUCUGUGAGCAUCAAAUCGAAAACACCGAUUUGAAAACAAGAAACAACAGCUUAAGUCCAAGGUGACUUUCUGCUCUUUGGAAUCAGAUAAAAGAAGACAUUUUAGAAGAUGGGACCUAAUAGUAUGAAAUCGUUUAUGCUUAUUGUUUUCAUAAGCAUGUGCACGUCUCAGAUCACUGAAGCUCAAAAAGGUCUAACUUUAUCUACAUUCACGGUAACAUCAAGAAGCAUCACGGUUCAAUGGACAAAGGUUUCAGGAGUUCACUCAUACAAGGUCACCGCUACACCUAAAAACUCUCCCGGAACACCGGUCUUCGUUCAGUUCAACGGAGUUAUAGCGAUCGGGUCCGUUUCUUCACUCUCCCCUAACACGUACUACACUGUGAGAGUGGAAGCAUUAGAUAACACUGGCCAAGUCCUGUCCGCUGCUGAGAUCAUACAAACCACAGCUCCUGAGGUACCCAGCCUUGAACAAGCAUAUUCGAAAAUGAGUGACAGCAUCACGGCGGAAUGGAGUCCUGUACCCGGAGCAACCAGUUACGUCCUGAGAGCCGAGGAUGGGACAUCAGUCAUAGAAACUACAGUCGCAGACUCUCCGGGAACCGUGCGCAACCUGAAGCCUUCCACACAGUAUGUCAUCAGAGUGAUGUCUGUCAAUGCGGGAGGGAGAAGCCAGCCGUCCCUGUCUAAGAAAGCAAAGACAGUUGUUGCUGCUCCAAUUCUCCAUUCCAGUUCUCCUGCUAAUGACAUGAUUGUGGUAACCUGGGAUCCAGUCUACAUGGCUGUGGGGUACACAUUCUCCCUUAUAAAGGUAGGAUCAGACAAGCGGGUCAGGGUGAACACCACAGAAACCAACAUUACCUUCACUGACCUAGAAGCUGGGACUACCUAUUCAAUCAAAGGCAAUGCCUGGGAUUCCAAUAAUACCCUGGGCGAUGAUUACACUAUCACCCAGAUCACACGACCUGCUGUCCCAUCUUCGAUUCAAGUCUCCUUCACUGGCCGCUCUAUGGGCGUUAUGAUUUCCUGGUCUUUUGUGGAAGGAGCAGAUAAUUUCACAGCCUUGAGCUCAAAUGGACAGAACUGCUCCUCAUCUGAGGAUAACUGUGUGAUAUCACCACUGACAUGUGGCCAAAACUAUUCCAUCUCAGUCAUUGCUUCAAAUAGAGCAGGUCCCAGCAACCCUUCCAAACCUGAGGACUUCUUAACUUUUCCCUGUGCUCCCGAAAAUAUCAAGAUAGAGGAACCCAGCCCUGGAAAUCUCACAGUGUCCUGGUCUAAGGUGAUCUAUGGAGAAUACUAUAUGGCCUUUGUGAAAAGAGGUGAUGGCAAGGAGGAACAGUGCAACACCACACUGGACAGAUGCACUUACGACUCUGAAUGUGGCUUCACAUACUUCAUCAGCGUCUUUGCUUAUAAUGGUGCCGGCCAGAGUCCCUCAGGAAAAGUCUUAAACUACACUACUGCACCCUGCUGUCCCGAUAAUGUUGUGCCAGCCCUUGUCUCCAGCGACACUUUGGAGAUUACAUGGUCGCCUGUGCGUGGUGCUGAGAUCUAUGAGACAACGGCUGCUGAUGGGACUAAUCAGGUUCACUGCAAUGACACAGCUACUGUAUGUGCCUUGUCCUCCCUAAAGUGUAACACCAGAUUCAGUGUCAUCAUCACGUCUUGCAAUGAAAUCCGUGGCUGCAAUACCACCUGCAAAAAUCAAUAUAUCGAAACAGCUCCUUGCACCCCCCAGAUCUGGAAUAUCACCCAGAUAACCUCGUCCAACUACAGCGUUUCCUGGACUGCAGACAACAAGGAAGCAAACUACACUGUGAGAGCUCUUGGAAAGGCUGAAUCAUACUCCUGUAGGACCUCUGGGAGAUCCUGUCAGAUCACCAAUCUGCCCUGUGGCUCUGUCUUUGAUGUCAGCGCCAUUGCCUUUACAUCUGCAGGAGAAAGCCUUCCAAGCUACACUCUGCCACUAGAGACAGGACCCUGUUGUCCCGAAAACUUUACUGUAAGUCAAGCGACACAGUCAAUGACUAAUGUGACGUGGUCGCCUGGAAAAGGAGCUCAGUCAUACAUCACAAUGCUGAACUCAACACAUGGAGAAGCCAAGUGUCACACACUCCAGACGCACUGCCUGCUGGGAUGCAUCACCUGUGGCGUCAACUACACAGUGUCCAUGCAAGCUAUCAGUGGAACAGGUCAUAAAUCACAGUGUACAUACCAUGGGUUCUCCUCCAGUGCCUGCUGCCCCAUGAGUGUCAAGCUCUACAGAGUUGGCAACAACACCAUCAGAGUGUACUGGCGUUCCACAGGCAGCCUCCACAACUACACUGCUGACCUCUAUGGGUCUCUUGCCAAUUACACCUGUAGCCCCUCGCCCGGUGCCAGCUACUGCGACGUUACUGAGGUCGCCUGCAGAGAUGUUUACAGCGUUGUGGUGGUCCCAGUCUCAAUGGAUGGCACAAAAGUCAAAUUCUGCCCAAGAAGAAUAUAUUCUGUUUCUUGUUCUGGGAGUAAUGUUGGAAUGGUUGUUUAUCGAGGGAAACGGAGUCUGGGUUAGCUCAACGAAUAUCGGAACAGCGGCUGGAUCUAGGCUAUUACCCAGGUGACCUUCAAGAUACAUCAUAUUUCUAAGAAACUGCUGAGACAAUUGUUGUGCAAGUGGAUUUUUCAACUUUUUAUCUUUACAAUGCUCCCAUCACAGAACACAAAAUACCUCCAAAUGUAAUUUCAUGUUUGCCCUCCCAUUUAAAUUGUUGUUUUUAAUUGUGUGUCCUAACACCAUUUGUAUUAUUAAUUUGUUGAAUAUUUGAGGUUAUUCUUUUUAUAAAGACUAACAUGUACUGUAAUAAACCAUGAAAUGACUACAUUAAAAUGAUGAUCUCCCUGGAUUGGGACAUUUAGAUACUUAUCCUUGAUUGAAAUUCAACACGUUUGUUUUAACUAAAAUGUAACUGACUUAAGAUGUGAAACAGACAAUAAUUGAUGUUAAAAGAGCAGAAAAAUGAAAAAAUGAAAAUUGUGAGAAGGGUGGAAAGGAAUCCAAUCUAGGUAGAAAAUUGGAAGCAAAGAGUAAUUUACUCUCUACAUUAAAAAGAAAAAAUAGCUCAAAAGUAAAAUCAAGCAAACUGUUGUGCCAUUUUCAGGAUUUCUAAGAAAUAAUCUAAAAAAACAAACUAGCCUACGUGUGUCUUAUGUCUUGAAAGAAGCAGCAGGAAAAAGGCACAAUCAUUAAUGUUGAUUUACUAAAAUGUAAAGCAGUUGCACAAUUGGUUGCAAUUAGGCAAUUCAGUAAGCUAUAUUACAAAACAUCUAGUCUAUAUGAAAAUCAGGGGAAAUUAAUACUUUCUACAAAUGUUAAUAGUUAAUAGUGAAACAGUCCCACAUGGACAAUCAAUGAGUGAAAUAACCAAUAAGUGCCUUUCCUUUGCUUGUAUAAAUUUAUUUUUUUUACCUUCAAUUUGGAUGCAAACAAUUUUGUAUGAGUUUAUAUGAUUAGCUUUACUCAUGUAGCAAGCCUCUGAAGGAAAUGUGACCAGUUUUGAAAUUCUGGGCUAGAGUAAUUUGUCUGGCAAUGAACAACAAUAUUUGUUUCUCCGAUAAUGUUGUGACAUUUCUCACUUUAACAUUGUAUUUCAUUGCAGUAUCACUGUUUGCCUCAAGAUAUUCAAAGCUCAUAUCUUAUUUCCUGAAGAUGACAUUUAAGCAAUCAUACAUUGGAAUUUGUUUACAAAUUUGACACUCAGCAGAUUUCUAUU